GAAAGAACAAGACGAGAGAGCUCUUUACUCUACGCGAGCUCUCGGGGCCUCCAACAAAAUUAGAAAAGCUUGACCUCGCAGCUCGCCCACCACCAUUCCAUUUGCCGACCAAUUGGCGUCGCCUGCUUCCCCUUCCGUAGUGCCAGACACGUCGUGCUUGGCGCGUCCUUUUUCUUCUUCCCCGGCCGCCUGCCGUUUUGUUUGGUUUUCGCCGUUUCCUUUGCGCCAGCUUCAUUUUCCCCUCCACCAGACGGUCGAGCGGCCAAGAACGGCCGAGGACUAACGCAUCGAUCGGGGAGCGACUUGAGAUCGAUCGCGCGCGGCGGAGGAGGAGGUGUUGGUGAGGCCAAGUGAAGGAUCCCGUCCCGUCCCGUGGCGGGAAGACUCAGGAGGGAGGGAAUGACAACGGCACGGAGGUGGUGGCGUCGCGCGGCGGCGGCGGUCAAGGACAGGAGGAGCCUGUACCUGACACGCGUGGUGGCGCUGCGGCCGUGCACGGGGCCGGUGACGAGGAGCGCGGAGCUGGAGGCGGCGGUGAUCCGCGCCACGAGCCACGACGAGCGGGCGGUGGACUACCGGGGCGCGGCGCGGGUGUUCGCGCUGGCGCGCGCCUCGCCGCCGGACAUGCAGCCGCUCAUGUUCGCGCUCGCGCGCCGGGCGGGCCGGACGCAGUGCUGGGCCGUGGCGCUCAAGGCGCUCAUGCUCGCGCACGGCCUGCUCCUGCGCUCCGACCUCGCGCCCCGCGCCGCGCGCCUCGGACGCGUCCCGUUCGACCUCGCCGACUUCCGCGACCGCUCCGCGGCGUCGCCCAACUCCUCCGGCUUCUCGGCCUUCGUGCGCGCCUACUUCCGCUUCCUCGACGUCCGCUCCCUCUUCGCCGCCCAGGAGAUCGACGCCGCCAGCGACGACGACGACGACGACGCGCGUCUCGACCGCGUCUCCAAGCGGCAGCACCUGCUCGAGCUGCUCAUGCAGAUCCGGCCGUACGGGGACGACAUGGAGGAGAACCUCGUCCUGGAGGCCAUGGACUGCGUCGUCAUCGAGAUCUUCGAGGUCUACAGCCAGGUGUGCACCGGCAUCGCCCGCUUCCUCGUCAGCGUUCUCGGCUCCGCGCCCACGACGCCCAGACCUCGAGCCGGGGAGACCCUGGACGCCGCCAGGCGGCGGAGGGGAGUGCACGGAAUGCGGGUGCUGCGCAAGGCCGCGGAGCAGAGUGCACAGCUGGCGUCCUACUUCGAGCUCUGCCGGAGCCUAGGCGUGCUGAACGCCGCCGAGUUCCCCGCAGUGGAGCGCGUCCCCGACGACGACAUAAGGGACCUCGAGAAGCUCAUCAUGGCCCACGCCCAAGAAACCACCAAGCUGGUGGAGGACGACAACGAAGCCAAGGCGCUCAUCAUCGCCAUGGACAACAACGAAGGGAAUGCGCUCGUCGCCAUGGAGAAGGCCAGCGUGGCGUCGAACACGGUGGUGACGGGAGAGUGGGUGGUGUUCGACGAAGCCGAGGACAACGCCGGCGACGGUGCCGGUGGGAGGCAAGGGUAUAUUGGUAAUUACGUGAACCCGUUCGUUUGCGCGCCGUUGAACUUGUUGGCUUAGAUGUUCGUGGUCUGUUUUCCUAGAGAAGAAGCGUCUGAUCUGCAGGAAUGAUUAGUCCAAAUUUCCAUGAAUAUUGACAAGUAAUUGUUGUAUUCUGCUUUUGAGUUACGAACGCUGAGAUUGAGUUGUUGUAAAUACAGUUGUGAUGAACUCGUAUUGUUGUAUUGUGAAGAAGGAUGCAAAUCAUCCAUAGUUGUUUGAAAA